UUGUACCGUGUACACUAAAAUGCCGCAUUUACAGUCCAAAUCACUAAGAUGACAUGGAGCUCCAGACCAAAACUUAGAGAGUGUACCCUAAAUCAAAUUUUGUAUGAUACUCGUGUGACGAAAGUAGUCUGUUACAGAAAGCAGGUGGGUAGUUUCGUUAUAGACAUAGUGAAAUAGCUGAUCAGUUGUGAACACACAAGCAAGAGGCUGACUUUUUCAAUUCAAGUUCCCCCACGCACCAGGCAGUUGAUGAAGAAACAAACAUGUCGUUAUUGGCAAUUUUCUUUCUGUUUUCCACUGUUCUCCAAUAUGGCGAAUGCACGUGCACAUCACGUGACACACGUUGCGAGUUCUGGUUGGUUGUCGAAGCGAGAAUGACAAUGACGUAUAAAAAGACAUCAUUCCUCACACAAGGCGUUGAUGGACAGCUUUAUUUCGUAAAUACAAGCAUCUCGACAGAUCCGGUGGCAAUUGAUGACGUCAUUACAACUGAUGGCUACUCAGAAAACAAACUAGUGUACGUCAUAAAUGGUACUUCCCCAGGUCCUGAGAUUGCUGUGUACGAAAAUCAAGAAGUUAUCGUUCAUGUUCGAAACAAGCUCCCCGCAGAGAUGCUGUCCUUGCAUUGGCAUGGUAUACACCAGAUAGGAACCCCGUGGAUGGAUGGAGUGGCUUUUAUCACACAAUGGCCUAUACUGCCAGGGGGGACGUUUACGUAUAGAUUCAAAGCAAAUCCUGCCGGUACACAUUGGUACCACUCACACGUUGAGUUCCAGAGAUCAAUGGGGAUAUACGGAGCAUUUGUCGUUCAUCGCCGCGAGGAGGCGCACGUUUCCGAUGAAACAAGGACCAUGAUAUUGACAGAUUUUAACCAUUUCGACACUGAGCGGGUUUCAUUUGCAAAAUGGACAUACGGCUUGUUCCAUGCCGGUGUUCAGUAUGUGUCGCCCCCUGGUGGAGACGGUCUAAGUUACGGCUGGUAUCAAGUCCAUUCCGGCCUCAUUAACGGCAGGGGGCGCUAUUUCGAUCACGGGACUGGCAAGAGCAAUGGCGCCCCUCUGUCACGGAUCGACGUCACGCGAGAUUCUAUUGUGAGGAUACGCGUCAUCAACGCCGCGGCAUUGCUUCCUUUUCGUUUUUCAAUCGAGGCACAUAACCUAACUAUAAUUGCCAGUGAUGGAAUUGACAUGAUACCAAUUGACGCAGACGCGCUCCUGAUCUACCCAGGCGAGACAUAUGACGUCAUAAUUCACACAUCGAGGGUUUCUGGAAAUUACAAAAUAUCUGGUAGGAUCCUAAUAAGUGGCAAACCAAUCCUGGCUGAGGGCAUCCUCCACUACAAGGAUGGCCCAGUUGAAUACCACCUUAAAGAUGGCGAUAUUUCACCCUGCCAGAACAGAUCAUGCGUAUACUUCAACUGCCCAAUGCAGGACUUUCAAUUGUUGGAACCUCGUGCAACAUGCAUUGCCAUUGACCAAGCAAAAAUCCUAAAACCAGUGAUGCCAGUGGCACCGCCUAACGUCAAUUAUUCAACCUAUUUCCUGAACUUCGCCUACCCACACGAAGGGACGGCUUACCUGGGAGGAUCGGUUAAUUCGAGAGUGUUCGAGAUGCCUCACGAACCGCCCCUGUUGACAGGCAAAAUUGCAAGCCAAUGCGACCACUGUGAAGGCGGAGAUACCGUAUGUCGAUGCACAAAUAUCUUAGAAGUGGCGAAGGGAGAAGCGGUGCGUAUUGUUCUCCUGAACGCUGGGCAAGGUGCAGGGUCAGUUCACCCAAUCCACCUUCAUGGUCACUUCUUCGAAGUUCUAAAACUCGGGUACGGGGUCCUAAAUGAUACCGGGAAGAGCGUGACGCAUUCAUCAGACAUAGAUUGCAGAUCCGAACUACCAGCACGCGAGACAUAUUGUUCGAACGCGACUUGGGCUGACCCGAGUUGGUUCGAUUCCAUACCCGACGCUAAUCCGAACCCGGUGGUGAAAGAUACAGUCAUAGUGCCCUCUGGCGGUUAUGCGGUGAUUCAAUUCAUGGCGGACAAUCCGGGAUACUGGUUUUUCCAUUGUCACCAGGAGAUUCAUUCGGCUGAUGGUAUUGCUUUGAUUCUGGUGGAGGGUAAGGAGCACAUUGGGCAACUACCUGACGAUAUCACGCAUUGUGGAGCGCACGGAGAUUUCCGGAACCCUGAAGAGUUUGUCUCGCUAGAUACCUUCACGACAGUGACAGGCAUCUUGUCGGGCCUGAUCGUCCUCCUACUGGUCGCAGUGUUAGGCUGCUACUGCCGGAGAGAACAGAAGAGGGGACUCAAGGAAGUGCCGAGUCAUUAUACAGAAUUGGCAGUGAUGAAAGGUGAAGAUGAACAACCAGAACACACAAACUGA